AUGGACCAAAAUAUAAAAGAAAUAUCUUUACCAUCAACAUCAUUUGUUGAAAAUUAUUUUUAUUAUCCAAAUGGAGAAUUUAAACAUCCAGAUGAUAUUAAUCAAUUAGUUGAAUAUGAUUAUAAUUAUCAAUUAUAUCUUAUGGCUCAUUAUGGUUCGAUUGGGACAAUAUGCAAUAUGUUUAUUUAUGUCGAGAUUUUACUUCAAUGGUCUGAUUUAGUAAAACUUCGUUUUGGUUCACGACGUGAAGAUUGUCCAUCAUUAUAUAGAUAUAUGAAAGAAUAUACACGUUUAAUAGCCAAAACAUUUCAUGGUUCUCGUCUUGAUCAUUAUCAUUCAACACCAUUAUGGUUUGCAGAACUGAACUUUUUACUCGAAAUAUUUAAACAAUCUUGGAGAGCAAAUAAUGCAUAUGAAUUAGCUCAAUAUGUAUCAUUAGUAAGUGAAGAUGAUCCAAUAGAUUCAUUUAAAAAAAAAAAUAAUUAUCGUCAAUUAUUAUCAAAUAAACCAUAUUUAUGGUUUUAUGAUAAUACACAUGAUAAUCCAUGUCAAAUUGAAAGAAGAUCAAUUGAAGAUACAAUAACACGUUCAGUAUGUGUUUCUAUGGCUUAUUGUUCAACUGGUUCAAAUCGAGGUUAUGAUGAAUUAAUUCCACAUUAUAUUGAUGUUGUUCAUGAAACAAGAUUUUAUUCUCGAUGGGAUUUGAAAUCAAAACAAACUAAUGAUAAAAAUUGCUAUGAUUUAUUUUAA